AUGUCAACAAUCCCAGAUGAUAUCUCUCUGUACAACAUCAUCCCUUUGCUUCCAUCAAAGACCCUUAUUCGCUUCAUAUGCACGUGCAAGAGAUGGAACACUUUCAUACGCCAACCUUCUUUUCUUAACCUUCGCAAACUCACACACAACAUCAUUUUCCUCUCCCCUCUCGGAUCCUCAAAACCCCACAUUUUUUCAUCACCCUGUCACUUCGACCCUCACGAUAAUGACGUCAUCCUCACACCCCCACGUGCCUCCUCGCUCCUCGUCUCCUUCCCAAACCUUAGCUUCCCCAAAACACGUGUGCAGUGCGUCAACGGUUUGCUCUGCGUCCACCCCCGAGGCAGCGUUUGGCUCUCCUCCCACGUGGAGGCCUUCACCUUCAUAGUGAACCCCACCACAAGGCAGGUGCACCCUCUCCCACUCGAUCACUCCGUGGAACGAAGAGAGUUCAUGGUGUCAACCCACUUCGGAUACGACAACGUUCGCGGCGAGUUCAAGGUCCUUCGCGUGUUCAAGUACCGCGCGCGUGGCUCUCACGACAUCAAGAUCUUCACCCUCGGCUGCGACGCGUCGUGGAGACGCGUGUCUCCCGGAGCCUCCCGCGAGCUCGUGGAAAGCCUCUUGACCCGCCACUGGGACAAGAGAGGGGUCUGCAUGAACGGUGUUAUAUACUGGACGCACGGCUUCAUUCUUCUCCUGUUCGAUGUGGGGCCUGAGGAGAUACUCGCCACGUGCGCUCCCCCACGUUCGGGAUACUCCCUUGUAUCGUGCAAGUACCCGAGUUUGCAGUACCCUGAUCUGAUCGAAAUGGGUGGUAGUUUGUGCCUGUUCAGAUUCCGUGGGAAUGAUUUGAAGUUGUGGUUUCUGAAGGACCACGAGAGUGCGGAGUGGGAAUCCAAGAGUGUUGUGCUUCCUCCAGAGGUAGUGCCACCAGAGGAAGUUGUUUUUCCACUUUGUAGGAUCCAGAGUGGUGAGAUUUUGUUUCUGCCAUAUUUUGUUCCCACACAUGUUAGAGGAGUUUUGUAUGACAUGGAGCGUAGGACCUUUAGGACUCUUGCUCUCAUGGAAAUGCCUCACUCGUUGUUGCCUGAUCCAGUUUCAGGACAACUUGACAUGUUCUAUUGUCAACAAAGUUUCAUGUUAUUAGAAUAGCAUAAUAUCUUUGAAUCUCUGUUGCUUUGUUUCCGGGUUUACCUUUGGUUCUUUUUCGCGUUUCUAUAGAAUUUUGUUAGCCUCGGAGGUUGCUUUUCUUUGUGUUCAAAUAAUUUAUUUUGGUUGAAGAAACAAAU